AUGUAUAACCUAUACCUUAUAUCGUUGGCAUUUGCCACACCACAGCACGGUUCGCUUCCUCAGACACAUCCCGAGAAGAAGCAACUUAAAGCUCUCAUCGCAUCUGGACAGCGAACGUCGUCAGACCCGUCGUUUGAUGAGGAGAACUUUGAGGAGGCUGUGCGCAAUGCCUGGAAAGCCUAUGCUCCUACUAAGAUUCCUGAUCAAAUCGUGGAAUUAAUGGACCGAGCGGAAGUGGACAACGUAAAUAGACAGUCGAAUCCGUUCUGGAUCAAGCUCCGAGCACUGAAACAGUUCGUAGCGAAUGAGGGCGCUGGUAGACUGCCGCUGCAAGGGUCCAUCCCGGACAUGGAGGCAGAUAGCGCCACAUACACACAGCUGCAACGAAUAUAUAGCGCUCGUGCGGACAAAGACACAGCACUGGUACUCGAACACGUGGACACCCUCAGACGCACCUUUGACCUGCCACACACAUCUCUGACAUCGGUCGAUGUCAAACGCUUCUGCCGAAACGCGCGCGAGCUGCGAGUGGUACGGUGUAGACGAAUUGCAGAGGAACUCAAUCCAAUGACACCGCCGGAUUUAAACGGUGUGCUUAUGGGCGUUGUGAGG